GGGUGCUUCCCUCAUGGCGCGUUCUCUGGUCGUCGCCCUCCUCGCCGGACUGGCUCUCGCGUCCCCCUCCGUCCUGCACGAGAAGCGGAGGCACGCCCCUCUCGGAUGGGAUCGCGUCAAGAGGCACGCGGCGGACUCCAUCUUGCCGUUGAGGUUCGGUCUCGUCCAGUCCAACCUCGACAAGCUCGAGGAACUCCUCCUCGACGUGUCGCACCCGGAGUCUCCCAACUACGGUAACCACUGGAGCGCGGCCCAGGUGGCCAAGACGUUUGCACCUAGCGACGAUACCAUCGACGUCGUCCGCUCCUGGCUUUCUGAGAGCGGAAUUGCUGGGCACAGGACCAAGCUUGCCGGCGGAAAGGGCUGGAUCGAAGUCAAUGCCACCGUAGAGGAGGCCGAACGGCUCUUGGGAACGGAGUACUACGUCUACACCCACAGCUCUGGCAAGGAGCACGUUGCCUGCGACGCGUACCGCCUUCCUGAACACGUUGCUCCUCACAUCGACAUCGUCACCCCCUCUGUCCAUUUCGACUCACCCGCCCUCAGGAGUCGCGACCUCGACCCGAACAGCAAGGCGGCCACCUCCAUCGGCAAGCCCGGGUAUGGUACCGUCUUCCCCAAGCUUGCCGGCACCGUUCACAACCUGAUCGACGAGUUGGAGAACUGCAACACUCACAUCACCCCCAACUGCCUCCGCGCCCUGUACGGUAUCGCGUACGUGCCCAUCGCGGCCCACAAGAACAGCUAUGGCAUAGUCGAAUACACCCCUCAGGCCUACCUCCCUGCCGACUUGGAUCUGUUCUUCACCAACUAUUCCAAGAACUUGCUCGGAACGCGCCCCAACACCUACCUUGUGGAUGGAGCGGUCCUCCAGACCGAGGUCGAGAGCUUCAGCUACAACGGCGAAUCCGACCUCGACCUCGAAUACGCGUACGCUCUCGCGCAGACCACGCCCAUCACCCUCUACCAGGUUGGCGACAUCGUCGAGGGCGCGUCCUUCAACAACUUCCUCGACGCCAUCGACGGCAGCUACUGCACGUUCGAGGGCGGUGACGAUCCCGACCAGGACGGCGUCUACCCCGACCCUUAUACCGGGUACGACGGUGCCUACGAGGGCCCGGAGGACUGCGGAACCGCCAAGCCGGCCUACGUGAUCAGCACCAGUUAUGCUUACGACGAAGCUGAUCUCAGCCCCGCGUACGAGGCAAGGCAGUGCGCUGAAUACGCCAAGCUUGGCCUGAUGGGUGUUACGGUCCUUUACUCUUCCGGAGACUAUGGUGUCGCGGGCAAUGGUGGUCUGUGCCUGAACCCCGAUGGAUCUCAGACCACAAACGGCACGAUCUUCAACCCGUCGUUCCCUGGUUCUUGCCCCUACAUCACGUCCGUGGGUGCCACCCAGAUUUCGCCUAACGCAUCCGUCUUUGCUCCUGAGACUGCCACCUACGAGGUCAUUUACUCUGGAGGAGGAUUCUCCAACAACUUCGCCAUCCCGUCGUAUCAGAAGUCGGCCGUUGAGUCCUACCUGAAGAACUACCCCCCACCAUACACGUCGGCCAGGUACAACACGUCCGGCACGAGCCGCGGCUUCCCGGAUAUCUCCGCCAACGGAGCUAACUACGUCGUCGCGGUCGACGGUGAAUUUGCACGGGUGUUUGGAACGUCUGCGAGCAGCCCCGUCAUCGGUGCCAUGCUCUCGCUGGUGAACGAUGCGCGUCUGGCUAUCGGCAAGAAGCCAAUCGGGUUCAUCAACCCCACUAUCUACUCCAGCUCGUUCCACGGUGCUUUCAACGAUAUCACCAAUGGUACCAACCCGGGCUGCGGCACUCUGGGAUUCAACGCCACGAAGGGAUGGGAUCCUGUGACAGGUCUCGGUACCCCCAAGUUCCCCGUCUUCUUGGCCAAGUAUUUGUUAUUGCCCUGAACCUGUCUAUCCCGCUACCUGAAUCUAGUCUAAUAAUCGAUAUUACUUGCUGCGAGUCCUUUCCGACCCCAACAAGACGUUUGAGCCUGGGCUGAAGUACUUGGCCGCGACAAGUAGCACGCACAGUGCCAAAAUCACACGUAUCGUACAUCAACCGAUGGAAAUUACAUUACAUGGAUAGAUGGGCGUUGCCUUGAUGCACUUCACACUUGAGGCUGAUGCAAUCUUACCAACAAUGGCAACUGAUUGCCUUUAUCACUCUCGCUCGCCACCAGCGGUCUUGUAACCGCCGUCGACUUCUUCUUGAUCUCCGUGACAGGCACCGCCAGCUCAAACUCGAAGGUUCUGAUCAGCACAAACAGUAAAGCCUUCAUUUCGACGACGGAAAACCUGUAACCGAUGCAAGCGUGUGGUCCGCCGAGGAAGGUUAGCAAAUUGCCCCAUACACCAGGAACGUUGGUGACUGUGUCUGGCAAUGGUUGCAACCAUCGUUCAGGCUUGAAUUCUUGGGCAUCUUCUCCCCAGAUGUUCUUGGCGCGAUUGACCCCAAGUAUGGGAAUGAAUAUAGUCUCGCCUUUCGAUAUCCGGAUUUCGGACUGUGACUCGCCAUUGCGGUUAAUGAAUGGCUCAGCCAGCGGUAUAACGUCGUCCUUCAUGGCGACACGGACGGUGCUGGGCACUGGCGAAUGCACACGCAUUGUCUCGCGCACGACCGCAUCGAGAUAUGGGAAUGCUUGCAGUUCGUCCAUCGUCGGCGAGUCCGAAGGAAAUUCCAGCAACUCUUCGCGCAGUCUGCUCUGAACAUCGGGUCGCUGUGUCAAUGCGAACAAUGCCCAUGUCGUGCCGGUGCUGGUAGUCUCGUGUCCAGCGACCAUAAAUGUCGGGAUCUGUGCGAGUAUAUCUUCAUCGCUGAGACGCUGGUUAUCCGGUACGUCGACGGCCAUAUUGGCUCGCACGAGGAUGCUCAGCAGAUCACGACCUCGUAAAUCAUCCUUCCCGACAUGACCACGAUCCUUCUCAGCUCGUACAGCAGCCUUCUUCUCUGCGAUGAGCCUGGUGCCGAUGCGUCUCAUAGUCUCUUGCGCGAAUUUGACCGUGCGGGCCCGAUCAUUGGAUAUCAAGCGUAAAGGCGGUAUAAAGUACUGGAAGAGCGGGAACAGAUUGAAGCUCUCUCCGGCACGAAAGAUAGUAGAAAAUGCUUCGUUCAGUUCGUUGCGGGGAACAUUAGGGUUCAAAGAUUCGAACUCGUAGUUGAAGCCGGCCAAUCCGAUGAUAUCAAGCGUCGCUCGACUCAACCAAGACAAAACGUCGAUUCUUGCGACGCCGUCGACUCCUGUGUUAUUGAUCUCGGUUAUCCAGCCGUCACGCAGCUCGGAAGCUUUCUGGACGAAUACGCUAGUCAACUCGCGGAUUUGGGCAGGUCCAAACCCGGGGUUCAUGAUCCGACGUUGUUUGCGAUGUGUCUCUCCCUCAGCAACCAGGACCCCUUCGCCUAAUAUCUCGGCCAGCUGAUGUCGGGCCAUCUCCGGUUUUUGAUAGUCCAGCGAGUGGGUCAACAUAUGAUUCAAAGCGCGAGUGUCAAACGUGCUCAAGCGGUCACUAUUGAGGAUGGCUUUAUACUUGUAUGUGCUGCCAUAUUGCUGAUGCCACCUCUCGUGCAACACCAUCGGAUCUUCCUUGAAUAUGUCUCUGAGGUUACCGAAGAUCCAGCUGGGAUUGGACGGUCCAGGCAAAGACCGCAGAGGCGAGAACAACGGACGUAACGCCCAUCUGAGCAACUUCCAUGUAGAAUAGAUGGCGAACGCGGCUCCGGCAGAGUACAAGAUCUUCGCGACAGCCAUUCUGGAGUAAGAUACGGAGAGCGUAGAACUCGU